AUGCCACCGCGCAAAUCUACCUCCUCGGUGACUCCUGCCGAGACAGAUGAGCCGUCACAGUUAUCCCCGCAAGCGCAGGGCACGGCCGACAAGCCCAUCACCGCGACGGAGCAGCAGAUAAAGGCACGGGCAGAGCUAGGUGUCAGCGUUGAUGACUACCUCCUCCCGCGCUCGUUGACAAUCCGACUGGCGAAAUCGGUGCUCCCACCCAACACGACGAUCCAAAAGGAUGCCGUCCUGGCUAUCCAAAAGGCUGCUACCGUUUUCGUCUCCUACCUCUCGUCACACGCCAACGACGCAACCCUCAAACGCACCGUCGCCCCCGCAGACGUCUUCAACGCCCUCUCCGAACUAGAAUUCGACUCCUUCCGCACCCGCCUCGAACAGGAACUCGAAGCCUACACAGAAAUCAAAGCCGGCAAGCGCAAAGCCAAAAAGACCGAUGCCAACGGCGGCGGUGACGCUGACUCCACCGCCGCUGCGGGCCCUUCUACAACCCGCGGCGAAGACGAGGAUGUUGAGAUGGUUGAUAACCCCGCGAAGCGGGUGAAGCGUGAUGGGGACGAGGGUGCUGGUGCUGGUGCGGUGCAGGCUGAUGGAGAUGAGACGCAGGAGGAAGAUGCGGAGGAAGAUGAGGGUGAGCCCGAAGAUGAGGAGGAAGAAGGCGAGGAUGAAGAAGAGGAUGAGGAGGAGGAUGAUGAGGGGCGGAGGGGUGAUGAGGAUAUUGAUCGGGUGGAGGAUUUGGAUGCGCCUAGGCGGAUGGAUCCUGAUGCUGAUGAGACGGACGAUGAUGAUGGGCCUGCUAGUCAGUUGCGGGAUGACCUUGGUCUUGGAUAA